UCAGAACAGUUAGGUCAAUAUAACACAAAUUACUUACGUGGCGCUAACAACCAAUUAAUAAAAAUGCGCUACAAUAAAAUGAAGAUUAAAACAAGACGCACGCGAGAGAAGGCGCGAGCUAAAAUGAAUAAUUCUUCAACAAACUUAUUUGCCAGUGUAUUAUUUUUACUGUUUUCAUUCGCGUUUUAUAUGACUAUCUCCUUCACGCCGUUAACUAAAGAAGAACAGAUGGAAAGAUAUAACAAAAUGACGGAGGAUGUAGAACCUUUUCGGAAAAACUUGACUGAAUGCGCGCGCCAAGUCAAAGCGUCAAUGGCGGACGUCGAACACUUUUUGAAGAGGAUUCCCCAGUCAUCAUUACAGGGAAAAUGUUUUGUUGCGUGUAUUUUGAAAAGGAAUUCGAUUAUAAAGAAUAAUAAGAUAAGUAAGGAGCAUUUGUUGGAGGCUAACAAAGCCGUGUAUGGUGCAGAUAGUGAGGUGUUGGAUAGAUUGACGAUUGCCAUAGGGGAGUGUACGAAAGCAGUGGAGGAAAUCUUUGAGGUUUGCGAGUACGCGUCGGUGUUCAACGACUGUAUGCACAUAAAGAUGGAACAUGUUUUGCAGCAAGUGACGAUGGAGCGGCGCAUGGAAGCUAUCAGCAAGAUGACGUCAAACCCUGACGAGUGGGGCCAAGAUGAGGACGAGAUCUUAAAGUUGGUGAAGGAUGAACUAUAAUUUUUAUUCAUGAAUCUAAAAGUGUGUUCUAGUAGUUCACGUAGUUAGAAAUAAACUUGUUUUUUUUUUUUAAGUCUGCAAUUCAAGUUAAGUUCUUCGGUUAUGUUCGCGGGUGACAAAAAAUGUUAAAUAAAUAAUUUCUGUUGUUUUUUUGUGUCAGCCUAUGGCCUACGCCUUUUGUAACAAAUAAAUAAGCGAAUUAUCGUGAGUAUUGCGGGCAAGCUAACAUGCAGUAUUUGUUUUUGUUCUUUGAAAAACUAAGGUUC